CCGAGUGGGGUGUUGACCGGCAAGUCGGCAGGAUGUUCCUUUCUCGGCGCAAGGCGACUAUGUAUCGGCGAGCGGGAGGCGGCGGGUUUUGCCGGCUGCUGGGCAUUCUACCCUGGAAAUGCUCUCUCUUUCAGCUCUUCUUUACUGUGCUGUUGCUGGGUUUUCUCUCCCUGUUGUGGCUGCAGUUCAGUUGCUCAGGGGAUGAGUCUAGAAGUCAAACAGCUGAGGCAACAGUGCCUCAGAAACCCUGUAUAUUUGAGCCUCUCCCUCAGAUGCCUGAUGAUCCAUCUUGGGGACCACAUCGCUUGGCGGUGUUGGUUCCCUUCCGAGAGCGUUUUGAGGAGCUGUUGACCUUCGUGCCCCAUAUGCAUCGCUUCCUCACUAGGAAGAAAAUUCGUCAUCAUAUCUUCAUACUCAACCAGGUGGAUCAUUACAGGUUUAACCGAGCAUCUCUGAUCAACGUGGGUUUCCUGGAAAGUGGUAAUGACACAGACUACAUUGCCAUGCAUGAUGUGGAUUUGUUACCUCUCAAUGAGGAAUUGGACUAUAGCUUCCCAGCUGCUGGUCCUUUCCACGUGGCAUCACCUGAGCUGCACCCUCUCUAUCAUUAUAGCACCUAUGUGGGGGGCAUCUUGCUGCUCACCAAGCAACACUAUCGAAUGUGUAAUGGAAUGUCCAACCGUUUCUGGGGCUGGGGCCGGGAAGAUGAUGAAUUCUAUCGCCGCAUCAGAGCAGCUGGACUUCAACUCUUCCGACCCUUAGGUAUUACAAGUGGAUAUAAGACAUUCCAGCAUCUGCAUGAUCCAGCUUGGCGCAAAAGGGAUCAGAAGCGUAUUGCUUCCCAGAAACAGGAGCAGUUCAAGGUAGACCGUACUGGAGGUUUGACUAACCUAGAAUACAGAGUAGAAUCACGCACUUCAUUGAGUGUGACAGGAGCUCCCUGCACCGUUCUCAAUAUCUUGCUAGAAUGCGACUCCAGUGAGACUCCCUGGUGCACAUUUGGUUGAUGUGCCUACUGUACAGAUUGCCUGUCUUGUUUGCUGCUGUAGCAGCUCAUGGCCAGAAUUGCAGCUCAGCUCUCAGAUGACAGAUCCUUCUGUGGGAGCCAACGACUGGGCAUAGCUGCCAGGAUAAAGGGGUUAAAAAGAGAACUGAGGAUCCACGCUAGUUGAUAAAGCAAAUGCAGGGCAUUACUUCUUCCACAUGGAUACUGCAGGGUGGCAACAAAUGCAAUGGUGAUGGAAACAUUAAAUAAGCCGAGUGCCUUUCCAUCAGUUAGAAGGACAUUGUCUUAGGUACCUUCAUCUCAACAAUCUGAAGAAACUGCGGACUAAGAGGCACUACAGGGACUAAAUCAUUGUUUCUCUACCAGCCAGCACUUGGAGGUUUCUUUAUCCAGACUAAUACUCAAAGGACUGUUAGACAUUUGCUUCUCUUGUGAUAAGAUAUGCAUAAAUAUCUGCUAUAAAACACCCUUAUACCCCAUUAUUCCUCUGGUGCCUCUUGAUAGCGCAUACGUUGCUUUCUGGCUCCAGGAAUUCAUGGCCAACUAUCUUAGCUAAUCCCGUUUUCAGAUCUUUGGAACUGUCAAGGCUGUUAUCUUAUUGAAAUACAGCUAUUAAAACAAAUGGAUUGAAAGGAUAUUACAACUGGAAUGUGUGUGAACAAUGUUUUCAAGUUUAGGUACUGCUACUAAUAGUACCGCAUUUUCUAAUUCUGUAGUAACAGAAGUCUGACUUAAACCCACCUUUCUCUUUUA